AUGCGACUCCUGCAAGAUGUUGGGACCGUUCCCGGGGGUGGAACGUUGCCCAAUCAAUACAUCUACGUGGACACGGUCACCACCACAGCCACAGACCCCGGGGACAAACCGAGUGUCGAUGGCACUUUCACGGACACACUUCAUCAAGCAGCUGGCGACGCUAUGGAUGCCCUGGACUCUGUCACGCAGCAACUGGCGGAUAUGGGACUCGAACCAUGGCAAAUUGCGUUGAUUACCAUUGCCGCGGGCGCAGCAAUUCUCUGUUUGCUGUGCUGCUGUAUGCGUUGUCUCUGUAGGGGUAUGUGCUGCUGUGCCGGGAAGUAA